AUGAUCGAGCCCUUUCAAACAACAUUCGCGGUCCCAAUGACAUGCGAGAGCUGCAUCAAGGAUAUCUCGAGACCGAUUUACGAGUUGGCAGGGAUCAAGAAGGUCGAUGCCAGCCUCAAAGACCAACUAAUAGUGGUCGAGGGUACCGCUGCACCCUCUGCCAUCGUGGCAGCGAUCCAGGGCACUGGUCGAGAUGCCAUUCUACGCGGUAGCGGGACAUCAAACAAUGCCUCUGUAUGCAUUCUAGAGACUCACAAGGAGGGUGUUGCCAACAAGAUCCGCGGCCUAGUGCGCAUGGUACAAGUGUCGACUGGACUGACGAUAUUUGAUCUGACGAUAAACGGACUCUCGCCUGGCCGCUACUGGGCGACCAUCCGCGAGACAGGAGACAUCUCUCGCGGCCCCGAGUCGACCGGCGGAGUGUGGGAGGCGUUAAAGGAGAAGCAACAAAGCGAACGAGGCGAACAAAGCGGCCCGCGAGGGAUAGUGGGCAGUGUCGACGUGGAUGAGACGGGCAGAGGGAACGUCUUCCUGGACCGACCGAUCGCGGUAUGGGAGAUGAUCGGGCGAAGCAUGGUGGUAUCGAAGUCGAGAGAGGGCCCCUUCCGGGUCGACGACGAGGACACGAUCGUGGGAGUCGUUGCGCGAAGUGCUGGCGUCUGGGACAACGAGAAGAUGGUGUGUUCGUGCUCAGGCAAGAAUGUCUGGGAGGAGCGAAAGGAGCAGGUUUCCAAAGGGAUGGUCUGA